AUGGCCGAACCGUCUAGGUUGGUGGGGACGCUUGAGACAGAAGUGGAGAUCAAAGCUUCGGCUGAAAAGUUUCAUCACAUGUUCGCCGAGAAACCACACCAUGUCUCCAAAGCAAGUCCAGGAAACGUUCAGGGAUGUGAUCUGCACGAAGGCGAGUGGGGCAAAGUAGGCUCUAUCAUCAUCUGGAACUACGUUCAUGGCAAGUGA